CCUGUUUUCAAAUGCACACUACUCGGCGGUAGUCCUUUCUUAAACAUAUUAGCGAUUUGGUUCAAUGUAUCUUGAAAUUUAAUUUUCUAAGAUAUAAAGGUUGUAUAUUCUUAUUAAACGAAAUAAUUUAGAAUGGUUUUGUCAAAUUUUGGAUGGCACACCUCAAAGCUGAAUCUCAGAAUCGGUUUUAACAACCGAAAAUGCUGUGGUGUAAUUAUACAUCCUAGAUUGUACUCCAAUGCUUCCAAAUUAUCGUUUGAGGAUCAUCGUGUCAUAGCUCAAAGGCAGAAACUUUUUAUUACGGAUCCAAGGUCACCUGGCUCUACAUUUUUUUUACCCCAUGGAGCCCGUAUUUACAAUCGUUUGGUGGACUUUUUAAAGCUCCAAUAUCGAUUGCAAGGCUUUGAAGAAGUCAUGACACCUAUGAUUUUUAAAAAGGAUUUAUGGGAACGAAGUGGUCAUUGGCAAAACUACGAAAAAGAGAUAUUUCGCGUGGAAGGAAGUAAAAAAGUUGAAGAAAAUGAGGAAGAAAAGAACUCUGUUUAUGGAUUGAAGCCUAUGAACUGUCCAGGUCAUUGCUUAUUAUAUUCCCAUACAGAGCGGUCAUACAGGGAUUUACCUUUGCGGUUUGCAGAUUUUAGUCCUUUACAUAGGAACGAGGCUUCUGGUGCUCUUUCUGGACUAACUAGGCUCCGCUGCUUUCAUCAAGAUGAUGGUCAUAUAUUCUGCGAACCUGAGCAGAUUAAAUCUGAAAUAAAAAAAACACUCCACUUCAUAAAACAUGUCUAUUCUUUAUUGGGAAUGAACAAACUAAAGUAUUUUUUGAGCACACGACCAGAAGACUCCAUUGGUUCUCUCGAGACCUGGAAAUUAUCGGAAGAUGCGUUAAAGGAGGCAUUGAAUGACAAUGAAGUACCAUGGGUAUUGAAUGAAGGAGAUGGUGCAUUUUAUGGACCAAAGAUAGACGUUAACGUUGCAGAUGCCCGCGGAAAAUGGCAUCAAACGGCAACCAUCCAACUUGAUUUUCAUUUACCUCAACGAUUCCAAUUGUACUAUCGCACUAACGCAGGUGGCUCUUCUACUGUUGAAGAAAAUGAAAAAAUGCCAGUUCUCGUCCAUAGGGCUGUUUUUGGCUCUUUAGAACGGUUUAUGGGAAUAUUGAUAGAGCAUAUUAAUGGUCAUUGGCCAUUUUGGUUAAGUCCUCGCCAUGCGGUUAUUCUGCCAAUUAACCAAAGUAAGCCAGUGUUGGAAUUUACGAAAAAAGUUCAAAAGGAGCUUUCUGGUUCUAAACAGGUUCAAUUGCAUUUCGCUCCCUUAAAUCAAGCCUAUUAUUACGUAGAUAUCCAAGCCGAUGCCCAGUCUCUAGGAAAGAGAUUACGAGAAUCGAGGCUUUUGAAUUACAACUAUGAGAUUGUUAUUGGUGAGAGAGAGGUUCAAGAACAAGUCCUCAGUGUAACGGAUAGACAAGAUCGAAAAUCUACUAAACGGAUGACAAUCGAUGAGUUGAGACGCAUUUUUGAAGAAAAACUGAGCAAUUAUGAGUAGUGCCUUUUUUCCACUCUCUGAAAGGAAUGUCGGUAGAUCCAAACUUUCCUACCCAAUUGAAGAUGCAAACUGCUGCUACUCUCGUUGGCAUAAUAUACCUUAAUUUAAUCUUUUUUUAAGAGAAUUAAUUUUUCAAUUAAUACUAUCUUUUCCAUUUAUGAGUGAAUAUUUGAAAGAAGGAGAUGGGAAACGAUUAAGUAUGAAGCGUAGAUUAGAUAUCAUAAGCAAAGCAAAACUUUUUAUAGAACAGACGCGAAGACGCGAAUAUAUUUAAGCAUUGGGAAG